UGAUGGUGAGCCUGGCGAGCGAGUCGGCCUCUGAGCCCAUCACCAUCAGCGGCGCGGCCUCCCCCGCACGCACCCGCGGAGGCCUCCCCGGCACGUACCGUGCACUGCAGCUCCACUUCCACUGGGGCAGCCUGGCUGGGAACGGUUCCGAGCACACCCUCGAUGGGCGCCAACUCCCCAUGGAGCUGCACAUUGUCCACAUCAACGUCAAGUACCGGACACUGGCGGAGGCCAAGGGGCAUCCCAAUGGGCUGGCCGUCCUUGGCUUCUUCUUCCAGGUCUCCGAAACCCCUAACACCAACUACAACACCAUCGUGGCAGGGCUGAGGAACGUCUCCCACGCUGGGGACUCAGUGGAUUUGGCCUCCACCUUCCGCCUGAGCACCCUGCUGCCACGCGCCGGCCGGCUCUCCAGGUACUACCGCUACCAGGGGUCCCUCACCACCCCUGACUGCAGUGAGGUUGUUGUCUGGACUGUCUUCGAGGAGCCGGUGGAGAUCGGCCAGGAGCAGCUGCAGGCAUUCGUCAGCACCCUCCAUUUCCCAGCCACUGGCUCCACGCUCCUAAAAAUGACCAACAACUUCCGCCCACCGCAGCCGCUCCGCAGCCGGAAGAUCUUUGCCUCCAGGGCAGCCACAGCCAGUGGUGGGUCUCCUCAUGGGGGCCACCACCAGCUCCUCUCCCCCCUGCUCCUCCUGGCCCUGCUCGGCCCCUUCUCGCCAACCCCAUAG